AGACUUAGUCUUUAAAAUAGUCGCAUACAGGAAAGUUUAUGAAAUUAAAUUGUUAUUUAACUGAGGGACAAGCUUUCAAUAUCACCUUUUUAAGACCAUAGCAUGCGUUGUAUUUUUUCAUAUCAUAAAGCGAAAAAAAGAAAGCUGAAUAUUAUCUAAAAUAUGCUAAAAUAGCUCUUGUGGGAUCAAUACCUUUUUUUCUUGUUCACUUGAGACAGUGCUCGAGAAUAACAAAACACCGCGGGAAAAAAGGGCGCGCCAAUUCCAAUUGUAAAUAAAGAGAUAUCCCGCCGUACAAUGUAAACACAGAAACAGACGGGGAGAAGAGAUCAACCCAACACCUUAUUUCUUGGCGUAAACACAUGAUUGCACUUUCGAAGGGAACCGAACCAAUCCAAAGGUAUAAUGUCAGAGAUUAAAGUUCCUCUCCAACCUAUGGACACCAAUCUGGUUUCGACCAAAGAGAAGGGCAUCAUGGCCUCAACGGAGAAGAUGGACUGUGAGGGAGCAAUGCCACCCCCUCAGAGACAUGACGAAGAACAGUACCUGGACCUUAUCAGGCACAUCAUGGUCCAUGGACAGGUCAAAGGUGAUAGGACCGGUACGGGAACCAAGUCCAUUUUUGGCGCACAGUCAAGAUACAAUCUCAGAGACCAGUUCCCUCUCCUGACGACAAAGCGAGUGUUUUGGCGAGGAGUGGCUGAGGAGCUUCUGUGGUUUGUGAAAGGUUGUACCAACGCUACAGAACUCAAGGAUAAGAACAUCCACAUCUGGGAUGCUAACGGCUCUAAGGAUUUCCUGGAGAAGAGGGGGCUAGGGCAUUAUGAAGAAGGUGAUCUUGGUCCAGUGUAUGGAUUCCAGUGGCGCCACUUUGGUGCCGAGUACAAGGAUCGAUUCACUGAUUACUCGGGUCAAGGUGUCGAUCAGCUUGCCAAUGUUAUCAAGACCAUCAGAGAGAAUCCAGAUGACAGGAGGAUUAUCAUGUCUGCAUGGAACCCGCCAGAUCUACCCAAGAUGGCGCUACCACCGUGCCAUGCUUUUGUACAGUUUUACGUCUGUAACGGAGAGCUUUCCUGUCAACUGUACCAGAGAUCCGGUGACAUGGGUCUUGGAGUGCCCUUCAACAUUGCCAGCUAUUCCCUCCUCACAUAUAUGAUAGCACACGUGACUAACCUCAAACCAGGAGAUUUUGUGCACACACUGGGAGAUGCUCACGUGUAUCUGAAUCACAUCGAACCACUAGAAGAACAGUUGAAGCGAACCCCGCGUCCUUUCCCCAAGCUGAACAUCAAGCGGAAGGUCACCGACAUCGAUGACUUCAAGUUUGAAGACUUUGAGAUUGAAGGAUACAAGCCCUACCCGAAGAUCACCAUGCAGAUGGCUGUGUGAAGGUCACUGACAAUGUCGUCUUGAAGGUCAUGCUCAAUGACAGUCAAAGUCAUGGACUAUGAAAAGCAUGCACCAGGUACCGUCUAGAUUAUGCAUAAGGCUAUCAAUUGUAGAAAUUUACGAUGGAAUGCAUCUAAAUUUAAUCCACUUCCUUUUGGAAACAAUAUGAUGCCUGUAACCCAUUUACCUACUGAAACCAGCAGAUCCGUGUGCAAACGCUAUGGAAUUUACGGAAUUCAAGGGGUUUAUUCUUUUUUGGGGGGGAAUGAAGUAUUGGGAGGCCACACCAAGGGCAACCUGUCCCCUUAACUCUUUGCCCACCGCCGACAGAAUCGCUCCUAUGUCACAUUGAUUUCAAGGUGCAACCGUACGAGGGGAUUUGCGUGGACUAUUUUAAUUCAGCUCCCGAUUGCUUUUGAUUGGUUUAUUGUAAAGAAAGGUUUGGUGUGUACACUGUACUAUGCAAUCAAUACAUCACUAUUGUGUAUGUGGAGCGUUGUGGCCCACUGGAUUAGUCUUCUGACUUUGAAACAGAGGGUCAUGGGUUCGAAUCCCAGCCAUGGCGUAAUUUCCUUCAGCAAGAAAUUUAUCCACAUUGUGCCGCACUCAACCCAGGUGAGGUGAAUGGGUACCCGGCAGGAUUAAUUCGUUGAAUGCACUGAGUGCUGAAAGGCAGCUCGAGCUAAAGCUGGGGUAAUAAUAAUAUUAAUAAUAAACAAUGCGGCUCAGAAUAUAAUAUUUCUAGAUAGAUGGGGCUAUACAAAUGCCUAUUAUUAUUAUUAUUAUGUGUGUAUGAACAAUAUGUUUUGUGUAUUAUGAAUAGAAUGUGACUUGAAUUAAACUUGACAGUCUGCUAUGUGUGACUCUUGUCAAACAAAGCGGGCAAAGAGUAGCGACAGUGAUUUUGCGUUUCAAAAAAUGGUCUUUUCCGUUUCAACUUGAUCUGAAAACGGAAAUUCUGUUUUGUCACUGAAAAUGUACACAGCAAAAACCUGAAUUCCGUUUUGCAAAGGUGAAUUCCAUGAAUUUUUACAUGAAAAGUAUAAGAACCAAAUGGAAUUUGCGUUUUAUUUACCGGUAAAACGGAAAAUCACUGAAGAGUCAAAGAAAAUCCUCACAGACUGACAAGCUGUGGAACCUAGGUUCAUUAUUUUCUUUAUUGAUUCAAAGAUUGUUAUCAUUGUGGUUGAGAACAAAUUUCCAAAGUGGAAAAAAAAAACAACUUUGCACUGCCCAGUAACACAAAACAUUGUGAUCGAUCAUACGGUAGAUUUGUAUGAUUAAUUACAAGUAAUGGUCAAUGCCAUUAGUUGUUGAAGUCAGCCCUAUAAUCAGUCACUAUGUGUUGUGUAACACGACCCAGACUUCUACCAGAUCUUCUGAAGAUAUUUAUUAUGUAUAUAGAGCUUUUGUUGUAAACUUUCUAUAAAUACAAUGGAAGAGGGCUGUGAAAUAUUUGUGACUGUUGUCUAUUUUUGUUUGAUUCAUUUUAUUUUGUUUUGUUUUGUUAUUUCGUUUCCAUGACAGCAGUUUUCAAACUGUGUGAUACAGUGUGUUGCAUAGAUUUUGUUUUAAAAGGUCAAGUUCACCCUAGAAAAAUUUUGAUUUAAGUCAAAAGAUAAAAAUUGAAACGAACAUUAAGCUGACAAUUUCAUCAAGAUUGGAUGUAAAAUAAGAAAGUUAUGACAUUUUAAUAUUUCGCUUAUUUUAUAAAAAAUAAGGUUAUAUGCACAACUCAGUGGUAUUCCGAUGAGAGAGUUGAGGAUGUCCCUCACUAUUUCCUUUGUUUUUUAUUGUUUUUUAUACAAUAUUUCAAUUUUUGCAGAUAUGACGAUGACAACUUGACUGAAUCACACACACACAAAAAAAAAAAAUCCACAUGUUCAGGGAGGAAUACAUCUUUCUUUCACAUUACAAUGAGGAUACAAUUAAAAUGUUUCAUGUAAAAAUACAAAAAGAAAUAGUGAGUGAUGUCAUCAGUCCCCUCAUUUGCAUACCGGCCAGGAUGUGCACAUAACUGUUGUGAAAUUAAGAGGAAAUUCUGAAAUUAUAUAACUUUCUUAAUUUACAUCUAAUUUUGUUAAUUUCUCAGUGAUAUACUUGUUUCAAUUUUACCCCUUUUUGGGGAAAACAAAAAACAGAGGAAAAGGCAAAUACAAUCGGGGCUCUCACUUAUCUUCCUUUUUCUUGGGUUGUCAGUCGGGCAACAUAUCGUGUAUACUACUAGUAUAUUAUAGGUUUGCCCAGCUGGCAACCAAAGAGAAAACUUGUUUUUUCUUUGCCAGCUGGGCAAUCUAUAAUAUUCUACUAGUGUAUUACAGCUUGCCCGGCUGCCAACCAGGAAAAGUUAAGUGAAAGCCCUAAAUGAUUUUGUUUUGUCGAAGAUAGUUCUUGCUAUAAAGCUCACAAAUUUGGUCCCAUUAUGAAUGUGAACAUUUGUCUAUGCAUUACUUACAUCAUUAAUUGUUGGAAUGUACUAUGAAUUUAUUAUCAAUGAGUGCCUACAUUUAUUUUACAUAGAGCUUUUGAUACAAACAUGAAUGGAUAUUAAAUCAUUAAAAUAGCAAAUAACA